AUGCAGACUAAAAUGUUCUUCUUCUUCAAGCUCUCCGUGUGUGUCUUGUCAUUCAUGAUUUGUUUCUCAGAGGCAGUUAUUUCGUGUUUGAAUGAGGAUGGCCGGCCUGUGGACUGGUUUAUUAUUUACAAACUUCCCAUUUACAAGAUGGAGGUUGAGGGAAGUGGGCUGGAGUACAUGUAUCUGGAUUCAACAGUCACAAACUGGCAGAUGAGUAAACACACAAUAAACAGCAGUCGAGGAGCGUUGGGCAGAACAUUGACACAGCUCUACUAUAAAUAUAAAUCCAACAGUUCAGUGUAUAUGAUUUACAACGACGCUCCACCAGAACUGAAGUACCUGAGCCAUUAUGGACAUACAAAAGGAGUGAUUUUGUUCGAUCAGUCUCGAGGAUUCUGGCUCACACACAGCGUUCCUCAUUUCCCUCCAUUUCCAGAGAGAGGUUACGGUUAUCCAUCCUCAGGAAAAUACUACGGCCAGACUCUGAACUGUAUUACAUACAACUACACACAGUUCCCUUUGAUAUCACAGCAGUUAGCGUUUAUUUAUCCACACGUGUAUAACUGCUCCAUCCCUCUGGCGUUUCGCCCACAUAUCGCAGUCAUGGCACAAAUCUGCGAUGCAAAGACACCGUUCAUAAAAACCCCAAAGAAUUCAGAGAAGCUGGUCUCUGUACGAGGACAAACUUUUUUCAGUUUUGCUAAAUCACCCUACUAUGUGGACGACAUCUACACAGCUUGGGUGGCCCAGACAUUAGGGACAGAUCUGCUGGUGGAAUCAUGGAUGCACCAAGGACAUCAGCUUCCCUCCAACUGCUCUCUUCCACACCAUGUGAUGAACAUUAUAAGAGUUUGUCUGCCAGGAUCUCAGAUGUUCAGCUCCUAUGAGGAUCACUCUAAGUGGUGUGUAUCUUAUGCUUUCAAAGACCAGUGGACGUGUCUGGGGGACUUGAAUAGAGACAUCGGUCAGACUGGCCGAGGAGGUGGGCUGAUAUGUUCUAAAAACCCAAUUAUUUAUAAAGCCUUCCGUCAGGCAAUGGCUGGUUAUAAACACUGCUGAGACGUUUUCAUCAGACUGAACCAGCUCAGGACCUCUGCAUGCAUGUAGUACAUCAGAGAACUUUUACCUCUAAUCCUGAUGUACUUUUGAAAGAUGUGAGAGAAUAUAUUCAAUGAGUCAUUCCUAAUUCAGUAACAUUUAUAAACCAUUUUUGUUUGAUAAAUAUUUAAUUUUAGCCAGUUUUGUUGCAACUUGUUACUGUUACUUUACUCAUGUGAAGUGUUGUGUUAAAAGUAGAGUUUCAAAGUCCAGAAUACUUUGACCGCGUAUGCUCUGACAUUGAUUUUGAAUGAAACGCUUCAUACAUAAUAAAAUGCUGAUAAAAUGAGCCAGAUGUGAUAAAUUUAUGCUUUUAAAAAAGUAAGUUCUAGUCCUUGAUUUGAUUGGUCAAUAGCUGUUCUAUAUUCAUGAUAAAGCACAGCUACGACCGCUUCACUCAAUGAUUCUGUGCAUGUGCAGUGCCCGUAGCAACCACUCUUAGCAACAUGCUGGCAUUUUUGAGUGAUGGACCGGGCCUUGUCUGCGGUGGUAUAUCAUCAACAGCCUAGAGAUGCAGGGUUAGCAUCAGCCCCUCCUUGUCAAAUUUCCCUGAGCCAGGACCUUCUCAGUCAGGGGCUGGGCAUGAUCCAGCACCCCAGGCUGGUCCUGUGGAAUGGGACCAGUGGUGAAAUCUCUGGAUAUCCCGAGCGGAGCAAAAUUUAAUUUGUCCAUUCUCAUUUGUCUUUUCUAAACAAGAUCAGAGGCGAUUGGGUUCCAGGAACAAAGCGAUGUUUUUAUCCACAUAACAUCUUGUUUCCUCUAUCAGGGAAUGGAGGAUAUAAGCAAAAUUGAGACGGUUUUGUAAGUUUUCCUGCUCACAAAAAAAUGAAGGGUCUGUAAUUUUUAUUGUAGGUUUAUUUGAACUGAUUGAGACAGAAUAUCAACCAAAAAAUCGCGGCGAAAAAUCAUAUAAAGGUUAUAAAUUGAUUGGCAUUUCAGUAAGUGAAAUAAGUAUUUGAUCCCAGAACAAAACAUAACUUUGUACUUGGUAGAGAAACAAUUGUUGAAACACCAUUGUUGGCAAGCACAGAGACGUUUCUUAUAGUUGGUCACCAGGGGCCUGUUCCAUAGAACAAGAUUACAAAAUAAGCCAGGCUUAUUUUGGUAAAUCAGACUUAUUGUCAGUCGAUUCGGUUUCAUAAAGCAAACUUAAAAUAGUUUGAACUCAUUUACUAUGGCAACUUAUGCUGGGAAAUUAGCCUGAUCCGGGGCAGGCUAACUGUCAGGCUAAGCCUUAGUUGUUGCUUAACUAGAGGUCAAUGUAAUGUGAUGAUAUUACCACUGAUUCUCUGUCAUGAUGCAAUAUUACAUCACUUUAAUGAACAUUAUAAAUAAAAAUGUAAAGAAAUCAAUUAAAUAAAUUAUAGAACACAAUAAUGAAUUAAUAUAUUGUCUGUUGUCAUACAUCUGUGUUAGAUUAUAUCGAUUUGAUAUACUGUAAAUGUUUAAUAAUGUCAAUAAAGUUUGAAUAUAAACAUUGCCCAAUAAGUUGAUAAUAGCUAUAACAAAUUCAAACAAUUAUAUUGGCCAAAAAGAUGUAAAUCCAAACAAUUUAUAGUGACCUACAGUUUCAAAAAAUGGCAAGGUAAAAUGGGAUGCCUUGUGUGUGUUGUAUAUUGUCUGCCUGAUGAGAGAGAGGCUGCCAAUGAUGGUUGUAGAGAAAGACUGAUGGGGCAAUAAGAUGAUUUUUGAUGACAAUUAAACAGACAGAGUUAUCAUUUUUUGUAGCCUUGAAUUUUUUACUUUUCCUUCAGUUUAAUAAAAUAAUUUUACUGUAGGCUAUAGCUUCUUGCUGCAGAGAAAGCAUACUAUUAAAUAGUGUUGAAACAAAAGGUCCUGUCUCACUGUCUUAUGGCAGUUUUUCUUGCAUCUUUUCCAGUUGUUUUUUCAGAUUUAACUUUCAUCUUUAUUAACUUUCCAGCUAUAUUCCUUUUUGUUUGGAGGUAGAGCUUGUACACAGUCUUUAUCUUCUUUGCAUUAUUUUGUAGGAACAGAAAAAUAAUUUGAUGGGGUACCUUUUGGCAUUUUGUUGUAAUGACUAAAUAUUCCUUUGGUCACAUGUGGUCCCAGUCUACAGUGUCCUGCAGACAAUCUGCAAAAUACACAAUGUGAGCCCCUCAACACACAAGUGGGCCUUCAAAUCUAAUGUGCAAACAGUGAUUUCUGUACCUAGACUAACCUGUGAACAUACAAACACAUUAUUCUGAAUUGUAGAUGGUUGUCUGAAAUCAAGAUUUAAACUCUGUUAAUCACUGCUUUAAACUCUUUAAGACAUUUACACAGCACUGAAUUGUAAUACAUUUUAUACAAAAAAAGUAAUGUAGGUUUAACAUUUUUGUACAAUAUAUAGUAUUAUUUAAUUUAUUUGUAUAGGCUAUAUGAAUAUAUUUGAACACUUUAUACUUACUGCAUGCAUUGAGUCAUUUAGGAAUUUCUUGCCAAUCUUUCCCUCUGGUUUCGUUAUUUGCAGCGGUAGUACCCAGUUUCGUACCUUUGAGGUUUAAAUUCUUCACACGUUUUGCAGAAGGUGGCGGUAAUGCAACAAUACGCUGGAUGUUAACCGCCGUUAAACACAUAAGAAGAAGAAGAGCACCAAUCACCACUCUCUUUUCCUUAGCGGAUCGAUUUGAUCAAAGCUUGACUUGUAGGGCUGCUGAAAUUAGCGUGCACACGCAAUUAUCUGAACUAGGUGAACCUGACUCAAAUUAGUCAGAUCACAUGAUCUUCAACUUCACUUUAUGGAACCGAAUUAAGCGUGACUGAUGAGUUCGGUUCAUUCAAGUCAGGUGUUGGCUUUAAUCGCAGCUUUUCUUAGCGGCCUUUUAUGGAACAGGCCCUAGGUCUGCACACAUGUCAGACUCAGGACACAUUUGUGACCCUAGACAACAAAACCAAUCUUAAGGGCCAAUUUUUUUAAUUGACAAUAUUUGGCCAAGAUACAACUAUUUAAAACUCUGAAAUCUGAGAGUGUAAAAAAAUAAAAACAUUGAGACAAUUGCCUUUAAAGACGCACUGAAUCGCCUUGGAAUGCGCAGCAUUAUUUGAUGUGUUGACGUAAUAUCAACUGAAAUAUGCAGAGAACGUGAGACAUAUCGAGUGGCUACUCCCCCUUUUCAAAUAACCAAUGGCAUUUUGUUUACAGCACAGUCAGCCUCAGCUUGGCAAGCUGCAUUUAACAGCGACAGUGGUAUAAGUCUAUUGAAAAGAAUAGGCAGAUCAGUAAUACCAGUGAUGUGUCAUUUGAAGCUUGUUAUUUACAUUGGUGAGUGACACUGGCGUUUGACUUCUCCUUUACUCAUCAAGGCUUUGAUGUCUGAUCUCUUCCAUAGAGCCUUAACAUUCAACAUACUGUAUAUAGACUUUAAACGGGUCAGAUACGCUUUGAUUUCUCAGCAAAUUUGUGUGUAUGAUCUGCGCAUAUGAUCAGCUCUGUGCUAUCGUGAACCGCUCGCGUGACACUAACGCAAAAUUGAUACUUUAAUGUUAGUGUUUACACUGUCUGGAUCAUCCCCUAUCUCCCAUCUAGUGCAUAAUGCAUCAAUCAACACGGACAUAAUAAAUGUGCGAACAAGUGGCUGAUAUGAGGCGCCGCUUCAGCAUCUCUGCUAUUAAAGGGGGCGAGACUCUUCGGAUUCUAAAGCGGAUUUGAUCGGACAAGAACUCUGACGAGAGGCUGAAGUGUUGCGUGAUGUCAUGGAAUUUCUAGAUUUGUUUAAGCGCACGUGCCAGACUGUCAGUUUUGAAUGGUUAUAUUUCCUAAAGGCGAAUUUUGUCAGUGCUUAAUAGCAUAUCAGCUUAUUGACAUCCUUAAGGCUCACUCAUUUUUAAUAAAAGGAAAAAUCGUUCAUUUUGGUUUCACUGGGGCUUAAAAGUUGUUAAACAGAGGCGCUGUAGCAGGGUGCUGCUAAGAUGAAACAGGUUUGUUUGAACGCUCUCUUUUGGCCAACUGCACACCAUCACACGACUCCAACUUCUUCAUCAAGUUUGUGGACGACACGACUGUGGUGGGUCUCAUUAGCAACAGAGAUGAGACAAACUACAGGAGCGAGGUGAGCCACCUGGCCGGGUGGUGCAGUGACAACAAUCUCUCUCUCAAUGUGGAGAAGACAAAGGAGAUUGUUGUUGACUUCAGGAGAGUACACACUCAGCAUGCUCCUCUGACUGCCAAUGGUGUGACUGUGGAGAGAGUGAGCAGCACCAAGUUCCUGGGGGUGCACAUCACUUAGGAUCUCUCCUGGACUAACAACACCGCAGCACUGGCCAAGAAAGCACAGCAGCAUCUCUACCAUCAUGUGCACCUUCUACAGAGGCACCAUCGAGAUCAUUCUGACUAGCUGCAUUACUGUGUGGUAUGGCGCCUGCAACGCAUUCUACCGCAAUACCCUCCAACUCAUAGUGAGAGCAGCUGAGAAGAUCAUUGGUGUCUCUCUCCCUCUCCCUCCAGGACAUUUAUGGAAUUCGUCUCACCCGCAAAGCCCUCUGCAUUGCAGAUGAUCCCAUCCACCUGACACAUAGCUUCUUCAGGUUGCUGCCAUCAGGGAGGAGGCCAGGACCAGCAGACUAAAAGAGAGCUUCAUCCACCAGGCAGUCAGGAAGCUAAACUCCCUCCCUCCCGACCCUGCCCCCAUUCCCCUCUCUCGCCCCAUGCACCACUGAACUCUGACCUCAUCCGCUGUCAUGUUGAAGGCCCAUCCACGACCCGUCUUCAGUGAUCUAGUUAAGGGGAGGAGGUUCUCGUCCAAGAUUUUACGGUACAUGGAACCAUCCGUCAGCCCAUCAUGUGGUGAAGUCAUCCUGUACCCGUAGCGGUGAAAAGGCCCCAAAGCAUAAUGUUUCCAACAAUGUGCAUGACUACAGAGUCUGAAUCAUUUUAAUGUUCAUUGUCAAACUUCAGAAGAGCCAGACAGGCUUUCUUGAGCAGGAGGACCUUGUUGGUGUUUCAGGAUUUUAAUCUAUUGUGGCAUAGCGUGUUACCAAUGACUUUGCUUGGUAACUGUGGUCCCAACUGCCUUGAAAUCAUUAACAAGCUUCAUCUGUGUAGUUCUGGCCUGAUCUUUAACCUGUCUCAAGAUCAUCUUCACCCCAUUGGGGAAAUCUUGCAGGGAGCUCCAGACAAAGGGCAAUUGAUGGUCAUUUUAUAUUUCUUCCAUUUACAAAUAAUCGCACCAACUGUUGUCUCCAUCUCACCAAGCUUCUGUCUGUAGCCCAUUCCAGGUUUGUGCAGGUCUACAAACUUGUCCCUGAUAAUCUUCGACAGCUGUUUGGUCUUGACCAUGGUGGUGGGGAGGUUGACAUGGAAGAUACAGAUUCUGUUGGCAGGAAUCUUUAAUAUGUACAUGGAAUACUUUCUGUUACAAGGACUCCCACAAGCAAACAAAACUUAAGGUCCAAGUUCUUACAGCUUGCUACAAGGUCCCCGGAUGAACCAACGGAAAGAGACGUGCAACUGGGUGACAGGAUAACAAGGUGUUUAUUUACAAGGUGGAAACCAAAAAUUGGAGAAAUGAUCCUCAGGAAAAGCAGAAUAUUCAUUCAAGUCCAUGGUUUCAAAAAUAUAACAAAAAUAGUCCAUAUCGGUAAGAAUGUCCCAUCAAAAAUUCAUCCAGUUCACAAACGUUCGGCUACACCAUAAUUGGUCCAAACUGGUAAAUUCAUAAUCAGGUUAUUUCACUCACUCAACGAGCUCUUACUACCAACCCUCCUUUGUCCUACUGAAGGCAGUCUUAAAUAACUCAAGCCCUUAUGGGGGUCAUACCAACCCAGGAAACAAAAAGGGGUUUUAAACAAUCUUAACAAACCAUAUAAAUGUAUUAUACCGGCACCAAUAAACAAAUACAUUUCCACAUUGCAAAUGCAAAGAAAUAAAACACUAUUAAUACAAUUACUUCAAACAAAUAAACAUUUACCAUUUUACAAACAAAUAUUCAGACCACUGAUUUCCCCCAUUCAAUUAAACAGUUGGGCUGCCCUUCUAGCAGGCGGGAAAAAGACAGAUAAAAUGGCAACUUAUACACAUGUUUGGCUUUGACUGUAUCACAUGGAAAAAUGACCCAAGACGUAAGUACCACUGUUUAGAUAUGAAUAUGAAAUGUAACCUGAAUAAAUAUUAAUCCAAACUUGUGUCUGUUGUUUCUCUUAUACUAUGCCAUUUCAAGUUUUUCAAACCCAAAUGUUCCAAAAUAAUAGUCUCUAGUCACAGGUUCUUUGUGACAUUUUCUUACAGGACUAAUCUGUGGUCCAUAUAGGCACAUAACCAAUCUGUGGAGCCAGAAUUCUUGCUGGUUGGUAGGGGAUCAAAUACUUAUUUCACUGACUGAAAUGCAAAUCAAUGUAUAACCUUUAUAUACAUUUUUGGUUGAUAUUCUGUCUCUAUCAGUUAAAAUAAACCUAGCAUAAAAAUUAUAGAC